AUGGCGGAGGCAGUGUACUCGGUGUGGGCGAUCCCGCCGGAGGGGGUGACCCAGCGGCUGAAGAAGCUAAUGAGCGCCCUCCGGUCCGAGUUCGGCGGCCCCGAGUUCGACCCCCACAUCACGGUCGUCGGCGCCACCAAACUCACCCACCACGACGCCCUCCGCAACUUCCGCGCCGUCGUCUACGGCGGCGCCGCCACUGCCACCCUCAAACCCUACGCCGCCCGCCUCAGCGCCGUCUCCUGCGGCACCUCCUUCUUCCAGUGCGUCUACUUCCUCGUCGAUCCCUCCCCCGAGGUAGUAAAGAAAGUGCCCCUCCUCCUCCUCCUUCUGCUUCUUCUUCUGCUUCUUUCUCGCAGGUGAUGGCGGCGAGAGCUCACUGUAGCGAGCGGUUCGACGGGGGGAGCGCUUCAUCGGAGUACAUGCCGCAUCUGAGCCUCCUCUACGGGGAUCUGAGCGAGGAAGAGAGGCGGCGGGCGGCGGCGAUGGGGGAGGCCCUCGCCAGCGAUGACCUCAUCGGGCUGAGCUUCCCCGUCGCCGCCCUCGCCCUCUACAAGACGGACACUGGCGACAAGACCCUCGAUUCCUGGGAGAAAGUCGCCGUAUUCGAGCUCGCCGGCGAUGACAGUGCUCAAUCCCAGGUUUCCCCUUGA